AUGAAUAAUAAAAUUUAAAAAAUAAUCCAAUAAUUUAAUUAUAUUUAAUAGUAUGAUCCUAAAUAAUUUUAGAGUUAAAUUUUGGCAUAAAUAAAUUCUGCUUCAUGUUUGAUACAAUAAGAUGAAAUGCGUAACAAUAAUAAUAAUAAUGAUUAUAAUGAUGACAAUGAUACAAAUUAAAGCCCGUCGUUAAGAUUGCUAAUAAAUAGUGUUUAAGAAUUGUAUACCCUCCUAAACUAAGCUCAUAAGAAAAAUGAGUAAUAAUUAUUAUAGUAAUAAAUUAGUUAAAAUAUUGUGUUUAUCAAGGACCCUAAUUGCUUUAAUUCACCUCAGUAGGCUCAUUAAGAGUAGAUAUAAUCGUCAUUAAUUAAAAAAUAAAAUAUUUUUAUUGAUAAUAAUGAGGAAUAUUAAUUGAGAAGCUAAGAAAAUAUUGAAGAUUGCGAAUGCGAAGAAAAUUAAUAGACAACUUAACUUAAAAAUUCUGCUGUUGAUUAAUAUUUGCAAAAAAAUAACAAUGAAAAAGAAUCAAACUCAAGAUAAAAGCAAGCAGAUAUAAUUAUUAUAGAAUCAGACAAUGAAAAUUAAGAUGAAGAUAAAACAAUUAAUUAUAAUAGCAGUUAAAAAAUAAGAAAUAAUAGAUUUUUUUAAUCAAAAAUAUAAAAUAAAUAAGGAUUAAGUUAGAUUUGUCAAAAUAAAAAUAUUUUAUAAGAGUAAUUCUAGGAGGAAGACAUCGAAGAGUAAUAAUUUAAAACGACAGUGUAUGUUGGGUCAGCAUAUCACAUGAAAAAUAAUAGUGUUUAUUUUUAUAAGAUUUAUAAUGACAAUAUAAAUUAUUAAGACUCUUUUAAGUAUUAUUAUUUUGAAGAAGAUUUAGAGCAAGAAAGAUUGUUUGAUAUUGUCAUAUUAAUGUUAAAAAAAAUAGCUAAUUAUAAUAUAUCUCAAAUUAACCUAAAAUACUCUUUAGGGGAAUAAAAUCUUGUUUUAAAGAAAAUUUUCGAUAAAGAUUCCACUUAUAAAUAAGAAAUAUACAAUUAAAAAAAGAAACAAAUAUUUGAUAUCAUUAAGACUAAUAAAAUUGACUUUUUUGAAGAUAAACCAACAUCUGAAAGAGAGUUCACAGAAAUUUACUUUGAAUGCUUGUAAGAAAUUAAAAAAUGGCCAAAUUAAGCUAAUCAAAUCUAGAAAAGCUAAACAAAAUUGGGAGAUGUCAAAGAAAAAGAAAAUCCAGAGAUUGAUAAUUUUAUUUUUGUAGAUUAAGAAUAUUCAAAAGAAUUGUAUUUGUAGAACUAAUUAAAAGAGUACUAGCAUUGUAUAAAAACUAAAUAAAAAAUUCCUUCCAACAAUCCUUAUUUACUUUUGAAACAACUCAAUAAGGAUAAAGGCUAUGAUUCAAAUAAUUUUUUAGACUCUUCUCCAUACUCCGAUAUGGUUUCUUAAAACUCAACCCCAUAGAAUAAUAAGUAUUUAACUAAACGUAAAUUAGUAAUUUAAAUAGAUAGUGCAGAACAAAUUAGUGACAGCUCCUCUCCAACUUAUAAAACAAAUUUCAGUUAAAAAAAAAGAAAAUGA